UUUUCCAAUUCCUAAAUUCCCAAGAGUCAGAGACCUGACCCACCCCAAAGAGAAAUCUUAAUUACGCUCAGAUUUCUAAUUACAAUUCUCAUUAGAAAAACAAAUGCCAAAAGUUUAUGAAUUAGCUCUACACGUGGCGCUAGUUCCCCGAGUCUCUUCACAUGUUAUACAAUUUAGUGACUUUACCAUUCGAGAGUUUAUAUGAAAUCAUUGUUAAUUUUUACAAUUUGUUGACACUUUUAGGUGUAAUAUUUUGUAUAUAUUUAAAUAUAAUGACGUUAUCGUUUGAUCAUUUCUGCAUUGCUCGUGUGUUAUUUCGUUGAUUCCUGCUACAGUGAUAUCUUACAUUUUGUUAUGAUUUAAAUGCAACUCAUCGAUAUACUUGUGAUAUGUGAUAUUAUUUUAUAUCGCGAAUUUUUAUUCCAUGACGUGAGUGCGAUAUUGAAGUGCCGCAGUUCUUUUGUAAAUCAAUUAUUCUAGGGAUAUUUUUUAAUAAUACAUGGUCACCAAUGAUUUACUUCAACUCAAAUGUACUGUCAUAUAUUCAGUAAAAUGUUUGAAGAAUUAAACAUAGAACCAAUUGUUGAAAUCUUGUAUGAAUCAAGCGAUGAUGAAGAUGAAACCGAAGUUGACCAAGAAUUUGCUAUUGAAAGUGAAUAUGACACUAACAGUGAACAAAGUGCUAGUUCGGAUGAAGAAAGUAUUGAUAAUGAUAAUGACACACUGUUUAUGUCUAGUAAAAAUAAACACAAGUGGAAUAAUAAACCCAUUAAAGAUGAAUGUACUCUGAAACAUAAUACUAUUAGUUAUUCGCCUGAAAUUUGUGGACCUGCUAAAGAACAUACUGUUCUUAAUCCAGAACUUGCCUGGCGUUGCCUCUUUACGGAUGAAAUACUUUAUGUUAUUGUGAAAUAUACCAAUCAAGAAAUAAACAGAAGAAAGGGUAAAUAUUUAUGCCCGAAUGAAGCCUCUUUCUUGAGUGAAACUAAUUAUCAAGAGAUAAGAGCAGUCCUAGGACUUUUAUAUUUAGCAGGUGUUUUCAAAACUAUACACGAAAGUUUAGAAGAUUUAUAUGCAAACGAUGGUACUGGAAGGGAUAUAUUUCCAGCGACAAUGACUUUAAAACGGUUGAUAUUUUUACUUUCUUGCCUUAGAUUCGAUGAUAAGAAAACGCGAGAAGAACGAAAAAGGACAAAUAAGUUUGCUGCUAUAUCUGAACUAUUUGAACAAUUUAUUCUUAAUUGUCAAACAAAUUAUAGUUCUAGUGAGUACCUAACAAUCGAUGAAAUGUUGAUUGCAUUCGAAGGCAAAUGCCCAUUUAAAAUGUACUUACCAUCCAAGCUAAACAAAUAUGGUAUUAGAAUGAUGGUUUUAGCAGAUGCAAAAACGCAUUAUUUAAUAAAUGCCCAUGUAUAUACAGGAAAGCAGGAUGUUUUAAAAAGAAAGAAGAAUUUCUCUGUGCCUAUGCAACAUGCUCUGAAACUUGUACAUCCGGUAGAAAAAACAAAUAGAAACAUAACAGGAAAUAAUUGGUUUUCAUCCAUAGAGCUAGCAGAUGAACUGAAAAAUAGGGGUAUUACAUAUGUAGGAACAAUGAAAAAAGAUAAGAAGCAGAUUCCCCCACAGUUUCUUCCACAAAAGAAAAAAGUUAUUGGGUCAUCCGUGUUUGGAUUCAAUGAACAAACCACUCUUGUUUCCUAUACUCCUAGAAAAAAUAAGUCGGUAAUCUUACUCUCCACCAUGCACCAUACGCAAAGCAUCGAUAACGAAAGUGGAAAACCUGAAAUACUUCAUUUUUACAACAUGACAAAAGAUACGGUUGAUAAAUUGGAGCAGGACAUAUCAAAAUAUUCCACUGUGCAAAGUACAAAGUGGUGGCCAAUGGUGAUAUUUUUCGCGAUCAUGGACAUUGCAGCGUUCAAUGCUUACAUACUUCAAACCAACAAAGAAAAUUCGGAAUCAAUCACUAGACGCGAUUUUAUUAUAUCCUUAGGCAAAUCUUUAAUCCAAUCUGAACUUAAAAGGAGAAGCUUAGAGAAGGAACUACCUCGCGAAUUAAGACAUACAAUCGUGAAAUUAACAGGUGUUUGUAAUCCGCGUAACGAAGCACGAGAUGAACCUGUUGACUGGAUAGGAAAACGAAGAAGGUGUCAAUCGUGUCCACGUGGAAGUGAUAGGAAAACUGGUACCUACUGUGAAAUAUGUAAAAAACCUUUAUGCGCAGGAUGCACUAAAAGAAUUUGUCCAGGAUGUUUUUGAGUAAUAUCCGGACAUUUGUAUUAAAAAUAUAAACCGUGCAUAUUAUAAAAACAAUAUUUGAACUCAUUAUCGAGUUUUUAUUAAAUUAUUAAACAAUUUGCAGUUGUAAUAGAGUUCACUACUUCAACCAUUGAAUAUUAUUUUAAAUAUGAUACGGUUUUAAAUUAUUGUG